GAUCUCUGUAUGUUGCAAUAUUUGCAAUUAUCCUAUCGAAAAGCACAGAUUUCUUUGUUAUCGGCUGGAAACAGGUCUGUUCUAACUUUUCAAAUGGCCCUGAUUGGAUCCAACACACUUGAUUUAAAGGGUAUGCGCAAACCUUACAAGGACAAAACGGAGGUAUUUCUGGAAAAAGACUUGAUAUCAAAAAAUCCAUUCCAUGUAUUCACAGACUGGUUCAAGCAAGCUUGCAAUGGAGAUAUACAUGAACCAAAUGCAAUGUGUUUAUCAACCGUUUCGAAGUGUGGACAGCCCUCUGCUCGAUACGUUCUACUCAAAGGUUACGGGGAGGAUGGGUUUCAAUUCUAUACAAACUAUGGAAGUCGCAAAGGAAAAGACCUGGAGGAGAAUCCCAAAGCAUCCCUAACAUUUUUCUGGGAGUCUCUAAGGAGGCAGAUAAGAAUAGAAGGUGUUGUUGAAAAACUGAGUGAGAAAGAAAGUGAGGAUUACUUUCACAGUCGACCGCGACCAAAUCAGAUCAGUGCCCUCUGCAGCCAUCAGUCCAGCAUCAUCCCUAAUCGAGAGUUCUUGAUUGAAAAAGAAACAAUUUUGAAUGAGAAGUACAAGGAUGAAAGUAUCCCCAUUCCAAAGCCAGAUUAUUGGGGUGGAUUUCAGUUAAAACCCGAAUGGAUUGAAUUUUGGCAAGGACAAAGUGACCGAUUGCAUGAUCGAAUUGUUUUCCGCAGACAGAAACCGGACGAGAAACCCGACGGUAAAUUGGUGCAUGCUGGAGAAGACGGGUGGGUUUAUCAAAGACUAUCUCCUUAAAAUUCUUGGCUUGUGUAUUAUUAUGCUUCAUUCAUUAAGAAUCUGUUUUUUGCUCUCAUUUUUUCCCAAUACCGCCAUGCUGUGGAAAAAUUCUGUAUGCGCCUUCAGCUGUGCAUAAUCUCUUUGGAUAAAAAUAAGAAUUUUUAAGGAAAUUUGCAAAUGUAACUCUUCCAGUUUUUCAGAAAAGAUCAUCUGCAAUUGAAUCUAAAGUAUUUGGAAAUUUCAAGGAAAAAUAUUCCCAAAUUUUCUAAAAAAUUGCUGUUUGAUUGGGACAACUUUGGCAUAAUGCGAAUGUUCAUACAACGUUUUUCUUUACCUUGGUGGAACAGGAGAGCUGUCAUUUAUUCAAUUGAUCUGCUGUAUAUCAAACCUUGCUCAAACAAUUGUUGUAUCACAUGUAGCAUUGAUCAUACAACUUUAAAAUAUUUAUAUCAGCAGAUUUAAUGAGAUUCCUAGAAGUUGAGGUAAAUGUUUUAAUUUAUUUGUUUUCCUUACAAGCAAGUAAAAAUGCUACUGAUUAACAGGUAUUACUUUUCUCUUUAAAUUAAUUAAUUUCUGCAAAAGAGUUCAAAUCAUUGGGAGUUCUUAAGAGUUUUUGUUGUAAAUAAAUAAUGGUUAACCUUUCGUACAUUAUGAUGUUUAUUUUUCUUGCUCCUGAAUCAAUGAAGACCAUAUUCAUUUUAAAUACAAAAUCGGAUCUGCUACGAAAAUUGAAUAUGACGAGUGCAACUUGAAAA